GAAUUGGAAAUAUAAAGCUACCUUUUACAAUUUUUCUGUAUAAAAACUAUAAAUAAAAGUUUUUCGGGCGCAUUAAAAGAUUUUACGUCGAUCGACGAAGAAGGGGAACGGACACCAAAUAAAAGUCGACUGUGUCUCAGAGUUCGUAUAUUCGUACCGGGCGCGGAAAACAUUCGAAAGCGAAAGGAAUUUCGUGUAGUUUAUAUAUACUUUUCAACUUUUUGCUUUUAAUUUCCGCAUAACCGAGAAGGAAAACAGAGAUAUUCCCCGAAAUAAAACAGAUCUUAAACAAAAUGCAUUCAAGUUUGGUAAUCACAUUGUUAAUUGUAUGCGGGUGUGCUGCUUUUGGAUUUGCUGCUACCAUACCUCCAGAGGAGCAGGAGGAAUAUAAUUCACAACAAAUUCCAACCCUAGUAGCACCAUGUAACGUUAACGACGAAGGUCGAGAUGAAUGCAUCAAAAAUGAAUUCCUCACCAUAAUUCCUUUGCUAAACCGAGGAAUUCCCGAAUUGAAUAUGGAAACAGUAGAUCCAUAUUUCUUCAAGAAGGGAAUUUUCCGUUAUGCUAACGAUGGAGUUCAAGGCGGUUUGUUGGUGAAAAAUAUGAACAUCUAUGGAAUCAGUCGAAUUCAUGUGCGAGAUUUCAUCAGUAACUUCACUGAAAACAAUUUCAUUGUUAAAUUAAAUGCAACAUUACCUAAGAUCCAAGCUAGCGGUCAGUUUAAGGCUGAUGUUAAAUUUGGAGGCUUGAGGCUAGUACCAAAGGGACUUUUCAACAUAACAAUUGAUAACAUCAAGGCUAGUAUAUUGACAGAUGGUGCAGUUCAAGAAACUGAAGUUGGCCGUAGAGUUCAAUUGAAUAAACUCGAUGCCGAUAUUAGUGUUGGCCAUGCUCGAAUUGCUGCCAAUGGAAUUUUCUCCGACACAAACUUAAAUGCUAUGAUCUUAAAUUUGGUAAAUGAAAAUCUACCAGAAAUCAUUCGAGUUGGAAUUCCAGCAACCCGUGACCAAUGGGCGCCAAUAAUUGUUGAACAUUUGAAUGGAUUCUUUGCGAAAGUACCAAUUGAUAAACUCAUCUCGUUUGCAUGAUUUGUUGGAGGGAACAUUUUAAUUUUAUAUCUUCUCAUUUAUGUAGACAUGUAAAAACAGUAUUUUGUUUUAAGCCUUCAUCUUUUUUUAUUACACAAAUUAAAUUAAUUUAUUUAUAACAACAAAACAACAUUUAGUGUAUAAGGACAAAGAAUUUGUAUGUAUAUUUUUUAUUCGAUACAAUGAAAAUAAUAAUAAAAUGAAAUGAAAGUUUGAAA